GAGGCGGAUCUGUUCUACGUGCACGAGGGAUCCAUUAACACAUACGCAAUGCACUUCACCGUCCCGGUGCCCGCGGACGUGCACGAGCUGGAGUUCUCCUGGCAGAGCCUCAUCGCCUAUCCGCUGCCCUACGCCAUCAGCAUCGAGUACGCGAAUGACCAGGACGCCCUGGGCACCCCAACACUCAGCAUCCCCCACAAGGGCCUGGUGCCGCAGGAGAUCGAGUCCUUCCUGGUGUACCUGCCAUGCACGGGCAACGCCAGCCUCCAGCUGCCCGUCAACGUCAACAUGGUGGUGCGAGGACCCCCGCGCUUCAACGACACCAGGCUCCACUUCAAGCGCAACAAGAUCUGUGCCAAGGGCAUCUCCCCCGAACCGAACCAAUCGCCAGCCCCCGCCCACGCACCCUCCCAGGGCCCUGCCCUGCUGAGUGCCGCAGCCUGUGCUCUCGGCCUGGUCCUGGCCGUGGGCCUCGUGGCCAGCAUGAUGUAUUUGCGGGCUCGCAAGCAGCUUCGCCAGGACUCGCUGCAUACAAGCUUCACCACCGCGGCCUAUGGCAGCCACCAGAACGUGUUCAUCCGCCUCGACCCGCUCGGACGGCCACCGAGUGCCACUGGCUCCUACGCGACCAUCGCCAGCCUCAACAAAUACCCCGGGGAGACGAAGAAGUCGUGCAGCAUAUUCGACCGUUUCCGCAGCUCCCCCGUUCCGACGCCCUACGCCACCGCCCUGCUCCCGAUGGGGGACCAGACGCAGACCGGAGAAACAAUCUACUCGAAGCCAGAGUCGAUCUGUCCCUCGAGGAUAUCCUACUACGCCUCCUCGCAGCUGACCCAGUUGAUGUGUCCCAAUGAUCCCUCAAAGCUGCUCAGAGAAAUCACAAUACUCGUAUCUAAGGUUUGAU